AACGCAGUGCAUUACUAUUUCACCCUUUGCUACAGUAGUAAAUACACAAAAAGUGGAGGUUAUCUGACAUCACUUCAUGUCAAAAACCCAGAAGUGUGGCAGAGCCACUGUCAACAGGGAAGUGUUAGAUUUUAUUACUCCAUCCUAAUCCUCUAAGCCUCCUAAAUCCUUCUGACCGUGGUCUUGAGAUGCUGGAUGGAUGCAUGAUGGCUUAGUCCCUUGUUAGAAAAGGUUACGCUUUGCCCUCCUGCGUUACUCGCAGCGUCUCGCCAUGGAGGAGCUACUGAUACCCACAGAUGCCGAAGAGGCGCCUCCGGAGCCUGGCAUCUUCUUCUCUCCGGCGGGACCGGUUAAAACCCCGCCGGAGAGAAUGAAGGACUUCAUGGCAAGCACAUUCUCGGUCAGAGUCAGAGAGUAUGUGAAGGACUACAUAAGGAAAAAUGGGCUGCUGACGCUCUCGGUUCUAGCCGUGAUCACAGGAUGCGUCCUGGGCUUCACGCUGAGGGGUCUGGACCUCUCCACACAGGCAAAAAUAUAUUUCUCCUUUCCUGGUGAGCUGCUCAUGCGGAUACUUAAAAUGUUGAUUCUUCCCCUAAUCACUUCCAGUUUAAUGUCUGGACUGUCGUCUAUGGAGUCAAAGGCCUUCUGCAGGAUGGGGGUGCUGACGGUCACCUACUACCUUUGGACCACAUUCAUCGCAGUAGUGGUCGGCAUUGUACUCGUUCUUAUCAUCAAACCUGGCUAUGGGACACACACGGAGAGCAGUAGACUGGGAGGUGGACAAGUCAUAACGUCUGCAGAUGCACUGCUGGAUCUAGUCAGGAAUAUGAUCCCCUCCAAUCUCAUUGAAGCCACAUUUCAGCAGUAUAAGACAGACAUUAUUCCAAUCAUAAAACCACCAGUGAACACAGGACGCCCAAAUUUUGUCUACUUGAUGCCUGAUGAAGACAAUCCAAAGGGUCGGACGGUGCUGUUGGAGCUAACGCCACCUCCAGACAUCGAGUAUACAACCCGACCAAGCCGCAGUCAGCAGAUGAACGUACUCGGCAUUGUUAUUUUCUCAGCCACAAUGGGUCUCUUACUUGGUAAAAUGGGCGAACGGGGAGCUCCUCUGGUGAACGUUUGCCAGUGCAUCAAUGAGUGUGUGAUGAAGAUCAUUAAUGCGGCUGUAUGGUAUUUUCCUUUUGGGAUCAUCUUCCUGGUGGCUGGCAAAAUCCUGGAUAUGAAUGAUCCCUCCACACUUGGGAAGAAGCUGGGCUGGUACGGGGUGACGGUCAUGGCAGGCCUGUUUGUGCACGGCCUCAUCUUGCUUCCAUUCUUUUAUUUCAUUCUGACAUGGAAAAAUCCUUUCACAUACAUCAGAGGGCUUCUGCAAGCCAUGGUCAUUGCCCUCGCCACGUCAUCCAGUUCUGCAACGCUGCCCAUUACAAUGAAAUGUUUGCUGGAGAACUGCCGAGUGGACAGGCAGAUUGCCCGGUUUGUGCUGCCAGUGGGAGCAACCAUUAACAUGGAUGGAACGGCACUUUAUGAAGCAGUCGCUGCUAUUUUCAUUGCCCAGGUCAAUGACUACGAACUGGAUUUCGGACAGUUGGUCACCAUCAGUAUAACAGCAACCGCUGCCAGCAUAGGUGCUGCAGGAAUCCCGCAGGCAGGCCUCGUAACCAUGGUGAUAGUGCUGUCAUCCGUCGGAUUGCCAGCGGAUGACAUCACACUGAUUGUGGCCAUUGAUUGGAUCUUAGAUCGCUUUCGAACAAUGAUCAACGUACUAGGAGAUGCUCUGGCAGCUGGAAUCAUUGGCCACUUGUGUCGAAAAGACUUCCCACCUGACAGAGCUGCUAACGCAAAUGGAGCUGCACAGGACAACCAGACUGCUCAAAACAUGGAGAAUGUGCCUUUAACUAAAGUACCACUGCUGGGCGGCAAAGACUGUAUAUUGGAGGUGGUUGGUGACACUGUUUUUGAACGACCCACAGUCUACUACAAUAUAUGUCAGGUCUGAGUCACCAGACGGAUGCCUUACACAUAUCCAGGAACUUCCUUUCUACCACUGUGCCACAAAGAAGUACUGAACGAACACAUUCUCUGGUUCUUCCAUCU